AUGUCUGAUUCUUCUAUUUUGAUCAUCGGCGCAGGUAUCAGUGGCCUCGUACUGGCCCAGUACCUUCAGCGACAUGAUGUUCCGUUCAAGAUCUUCGAUCGAGACUCCGCAAUUGAUGCCCGAAGUGGUGGAUGGGGUCUGACAUUGCAUUGGUCACUCCCCGCCCUGCGCGAAUUAUUGCCAGAACACCUCGUGGAGCGGUUCCCUGAAACAUUCGUCAACAAAGAAGCGUCUGCCCGAGGCGACGUCGGUCGCUUCCAGUUUUUUGACCUUAAGUCGGGAGACGCAUUAUACAAUAUUCCUGCCGCGGAGCGCAUUCGCGUCAGUCGCGUUCGCUUGCGACAGUUACUGACAACCGGCGUGGAUGUUGAAUGGAACAAAAACUUUCGUAGUAUCGAGUCUACAGCUGAUGAAAUCACCGCGCAUUUUGAGGAUGGCACAUCGUAUACCGGGCGGCUACUGGUCGCAUGCGAUGGUUCACGGUCGCGCACACGCGAGAUUCUCUACCCAGGUUUACAGAUGAACCAGUUGCCGGUGCAGCUUCUAGGUGCAUCGACACUAUACAGCGCGGAGGAGCUGGGCGGCAUUGAGUCAAUCGACCCUUUCAUAUUCCAGGGCUCACAUCCUGAGUCCAACGUCUUCCUAUUCUUCAGUUUUCUCGAUACCCCGAACAACUUCGAGAAUAGUAGCAAGGACCGUUACCACUGUCAAAUCAUCACCUCCUGGGCAGAUUCGAAGGAAAUUCCUAUCCCAGAGGCAAACGCCGAGCGGAUCGCCCUCAUGAAGAAGUUGACUGAUAAUUGGUCGGAACCUUUCCGCUCGCUGGUACACAAGCUUCCCGACGACGUGGAAGUGCGCUCGAUUCGCAUCGAAGAUUGGAUGUUCAGCCGGGGCAGAGCGCACGCGCAUCCUCGGGUGGUCUUGAUGGGCGACUCGGCCCACACAAUGACUAUGUUCCGUGGAGAAGGCGCCAACAACGCAAUCGUCGAUGUGCUGGAUCUCGUGAAACGUGUCGAUAUGCGCCAGCCAAGGUCCUUCGAUUCCGAAGCCUUGUUAUCCUCCCUUGCGGCAUACGAAGAUGAUGUCUUCGCGCGAGCCGAGCCUAGCUUCCUAAACUCCAGACAGGCAUGUUUAGAUGCUCAUGACUUUUCUAAAAUCGAAGGAAGUCCACUAGUUGGAUUACGGGAUUUGAAGAAAUCUACCUAG